UGGACAGCGGGUAGGGCGUAUUUCAUCAAGUUUGCGAAAAUAAAGCGAUACCCACGACAUCGGGCAUGUAAUUUGUAAAUAAGUAGCUAUCUUCAAGUGGCACUGGAUAUAUAAAAGCGAAAUAAACGGAUAAUGAGUUUCUAAAAUGACGUAAACACUCGAGGUGGUGUGGUUUUGGCUCGACUAAUUAACAAAGUGCGUGUUAGCAACGGAGUAUCCAAUUAAGAAAAGUAAACGAGUGGGUAAUUAUUGUUUCGUUAUGAGGAUUGUCGGUUUCUUUCAAGUGUAGAAAGAAACAAUGCAAAGUGUAGAGUUAUAGAAGAGCUUCAUUUUAAUUAAUCAUAGCGAAGUACAAACGGUUAUUAGCAGGUCUACAAUAAAAAUGCCUAAGCUGUGCGAGAUAAUCAUGAAAAAGCAUAAAACCGUCAUCAAUUAUUUCGAGUUAUAUGGUUAUUAGAUUUGUUUAAAUCGAGGACAAUACACCAUGCUGCCUACUAAUGUAAUGUCCUUUAUGAAAAAGAUGGUGACUGCUGAACCAACUGAUGGAGGGACGGCCACCGAUGGAGGUGACAGUGGCACCACCUUCGGUAAACUUAAGCAGACACUAUCAUCAUCCCUUUUAACAGCCCAAGAUAAAGUAACAAAAAUAUCUCCACGUCCCACAGUUAAUCAAGAACCGGAACCGCCCCCUCCAUCGGCCGAAGAAAAACCGCCAACACCGGCAACGACGGAACCGGCAAAACCACCGAGCCGUAUGGGUGCAUGUAGAGUUUGUUUAAAAGCAUUUAAACCCGACGAAUUUAAUAGAACGUGUUCCGAAUGUACGCAGCGGGUGUGCGAAGACUGCGCCAGUUACAGCAAGAAACCGGACGACGAAGAACCGGACGAUUGGAAAUGCAGCGUAUGCAGGAGAAAGUUACAGUCCCGACCGCAAAUAGCGCAAGACUCGACAGAAAGUUUGCUAGAUAUACCCGUACAGGAAUUGCAACGUAGACAUUCAGAGGCACGACUAGGCGGCGGAGGUGGAUUAUCGGCCACCUUAUCCGGUGGAGGUUUAGCUCCGCCGCGUAGUCCAGAGUUACGUCGACAUUCCGACGUUUCCCCGGCAUCGCUCAAGGAGCUGGAAAAGCUAAAGGGCGGUAACAACAAAGGAGCGACGGAGCAAGAUUGGAGCAGAGGAAAUCGUGGUGCUAGAAGUGCUGUAAAUUCUAGAUCGAAUAGUCCGCCUAGAGAAGCCACUCGUUCCCGUAGAGCAUCGAGAGUUACAAGGCAACACAGUUAUGGAGAAGAUGUAAAGCCGACAGCCAAAAAAGAAUCUGAAGACGCGGGAUUAAGUCUACCGACUCCAAUGCCCAGACGUGCGUCUGCAUACGAUGUAUUUUCGGCACCUGGAGCAAACAACGUACCCUCACCCGCGCUGGGACGGAAAGCGUCAUUUCGAGCGAUAGUGCCCGAUCCGGUCAGUCCCCAAAGUCCCGACGUCGGACCGACAUCUCUAGUAACUCCGGAAGAAGAUAGACGGAUGAGAAGGAGAGGAUCCCAAUUGCCGGAGAUUUCGGGUUUGCGGCCGUUAGUAACCCCACGCCCGACCCCUGCUUUAGAAGAUCUCGAGGCUAUACCAAGGCGGCAAGCUUCGAUAGACGCCGAAGCGAUCCGAAUCGUCAUACACGACGUUGAUUCAACGCCAGGACCCGCUGCGCAGAAAAGAGUGAUCCUGCGACGCGAUCCUACGGACAAGGCUCACAGGACACGAGGUUUCGGCAUGCGCGUCGUAGGUGGCAAAACCGGAUUGGAUGGUAGAUUAUUCGCCUACAUUGUAUGGACCGUACCCGGUGGACCUGCGGAAAAGGGCGGAUUGCAACAGGGCGACCGUGUAUUGGAAUGGGGAGGAAUUUCGUUGAUCGAUCGUUCCUUCGAGGAAGUCUGUGCCAUAAUGGAUAGAACUGGUGAUAUGGUCGAAUUACUCGUCGAACACGCGUCGGACUUACGAAUGUGCGAUAUUUUGGACGAUCCCAUUCCCCCAAAUGUAAAUAUGGCAAGAAAGCUAUCCGAUGUGGGAUCAGGAUUGUACGUAGACGCAGACGCAGGAGGGCCAUCGUCACCGACAAGGAGAAAAUUGCCAAAGACUCCGGAACAGCUGGCCAAAGAACGACAAGUGUCUGGUCGAGUUCAAAUCCAAGUUUGGUACCAUGACGAGAGGCGUGAAUUGGUUGUCGCGGUUUUAGCCGCGGACGAUUUGGCACCAAGAGACGAGAGCCUAGGCUACGGUUCUCAACCCGAAGCGUACGCAAGAUUGUGCCUUAUGCCUUUGACUGACGAUCAACAUUGCGUACAAACAGAAGUUGCGCCUGCCAGCCAAAAUCCAAUUUGGAACGCAAACCUCAGUUUCCCGGGUGUUCCAGGGGACGAACUCAUGGAACGCACGCUAGACGUGACGCUUUGGGACUUAAUCCCUCAGAAUGAACAAACAUUUUUAGGCGAAUGCUGCGUAGACUUACAAAAGGCGUUUUUGGACGAUCGGGCGGUCUGGUGCAGGCUUGAAGAUCCGCGGCAGAUGCGGGGAAAAUCGCCACAUAAUUCGCCUCGAGGUUCCAUUGCUGGCCUAUGUCGUCGUAACGACUUUAUUUCGCAAAGAAGCGCCUCCGACGAUCUUGACUCAAUCGGCGAGUGCGCCAGUUUAUUGCAUCCCGAUCAUGCCUGGGGAUCGCGUAGGGGCUCCUCCCAAUCUGAGCAAUUAGAAGUGGAAGUUUAUCAACUUGGCAAAGACUUUUCAAAGUCGCUGCCUGGCUCACGACGUUCUUCGUUUCAGUCCGGACAGGAUCCUGCCGAAGCAGAUUUGCCGGCGGUACCGCCGCCCAGCUCCUACUCUCGAGACCGCCGUAGAAGCAGUUGCACAAGGAUGUUGAGAGAUCCCGAAGAAAUACUGAGGUCACUAAAGGCGGUGAAAGGAGAGCUGGGUCGCACGAUGAGCUUCUCGGGAGAUAAAAAGCAUCGACGAUCGACAAGUGGGCCAUCUGGAAGGGAGUCGCGUGAAAAUAGUAUUGUACCGGAAGUGCUGGAGACUACAAAGGAAAGUCCGCCGUCAAGUCCUGAACGUACGUCGCCGCCACGGUUAGGUCCCGGACAGGUGAAGCCUCGUGGUUUCCGUUUGUCCAGCACCAAGCCGGUGGAGUUAAAGUUGGGACUGCAAAUGACCAAGGGACAGUUGGAGGUUGAGGUGCUAUGCGCGAGGCACAUACCAAGCAAAGUGGCGCCUCCAGACACGUACGUUAAGUGUUACCUGCGUGAUGGCGAACGAUGGUUGCAGAAGAAGAAGACGAGAGUCGUCAAGCACACAUGCGAACCCCAUUUUAAGCAAACUUUAAAAUACCAGGCGUGCGACGUUUUAGGCAGAAGUCUCGUUGUAAUGCUGUGGGAAAGGCAGGGCGGCUUCGAGCAUAAUUUGGGACUAGGCGGAGCCGAAGUAGCUUUAGAUUUAUUAACGCUAACAAGUAUUACAACCGGUUGGUACCCCUUAUUCCCCAUCCAUUCUUUAGGAUCCGAUUCAAAUGAUUCGCCUUGAUUAGACAAACGAAUACAAAGGUCCUUUAAACUUAUUUAUCCAACAAAGAACAAAGGUUAGAGAGUAGACCAGAAAAGGGCACGGUUUUAUAAGCUUUCUUUUGAUAAGUUAUUUAUCGUCGAUACUUUGAGGUUUUUUGAAACAAGCGCGCGUAUUUAAACUGUGAUAACCUUUUGGUAUAAGUAACUUGGUAUUCAUUUCUUAAAAUUGCGAUAUUUAUUUUUAUACUCAUCACCAAAAACCUAAGCGAUUGUGAGACUGCAGGAACAGCCUUUUCCUCUUAUUUGCUCUAAUAUUUACUUAAAUUAAAAUUUGAAUAGGUGUCUUCGACCUCCUCGAAUAUGACCAAAAUUCAAAAUGGAAUUGUCGUUUUAAUUGCUCGACUCCGUCCAUAGUCGAUUUUUCCCCAGCCGACUUUCGGUAUCGCCGCUUUCGGUUCACAAUCCUAUAAUUUCGUCCUCCUAACCUCGAACAACUUGGCUUUUGUAGCAAAUUUGAUAGGCUUACCAAUAUUUGUUCAGUACCUCAUUCUGUUGGAAAGUUGUGAGUAAUUGUGUCUCAAUCCAAGUGAUAACGAUAGUGUUUUUGGUACCCAUGUCUAUCCCUUGAAUCACUAUCUGCAAAACCACCACUGUCUUCUUUUUAAAUCAGAAAUUACGACUACAUUGAUGACAAUCUGGAUAAACCCCAUUAGCAUAUCUUUUCAAACAUUACUUAUCUAUGUUGUCUAGAAUUUUGGAAGAAUAAUUUAAACAUCUACUUUAAGUAUGCCUUUCGCCUAGGCUAGCCCCCAUGGAAAAUAGUUAAUAGAGUGUGAUGUACGGUUUGGUUAAUAAGAGUGAAGCUUGAUUUUUUUAAACUAGUUCAUUUAAACCGUACCGCUUUAAUCACCACCAAUUACAAACGUUUAUAACAUUGCAAAUUGACUAAUAUCCCCUCUCUCGGAUUAGGCAUUAGGCAAGCCUGAGGUGGCCAAUAAUGUAUCAGAUCGUUAAAAGGAGUCACUAAAAAUCUAAUUAAAUAUUUUUAUUUGUUUUUUAGAUAUUAAAUAAUCUUACAAAUCUGCGGUAUUGAAAUAAAAAUUAGAAAAUCUUACGUAGCUGGCGUGGGAAACAAAAAGCUGGAUUAUUCAAAUGUCAAUUUUAUAAUUUCGACAAUGAAGCUUUUCUAUUUAUCGGCGAAGAAUUUUGGCACUAAAUCUCUUCUUUCACUCACUUUGAUAGUUCACUUAGCCCUUAACUAUAGGACCAACCGGUUUUAAAAUGAUCAAUUCUAACACUAAUUAUUUCGUAUUUCGCAGUAUUUGCCCGCUUCCAACUUUUCGUGGCCGUAUACCUACUUAAUGCGUGCCAUAUAUUAUCGCGCCCAAUCCUUUGCUUACCAUAAUGAAAUAGUCUUACAUACUGCGGUGAGACAGGGAUAUUUACAUCGAUUAUUAUACCACCCCCCUUCUUCAGACUUAUAGUAGUUUAAAUUACAAUUCGGCGCCCGUCGGCACUUUUAUUUGAAGUAGAAGAGGAACAAUAAAUUAAAGGCAUCGUAAAAGUUAAUUAGGUUUAUUCCUUAAUUAACUCUUACGAUGGCUUUUGUCAUUUGGAAAAAUUUAUGCUUAAAAAUAUUACUCAAGGAACUGCAUUAGUAAGGAACAAUUUUUCGUAGCUCAUCAACUCUGUACAUAAGAGUUGAGAAACCUCUACACAGUGGUGCAAAGAUAUAUGGAAUAUUUCUCAGGAGUGGAAUGGGAGGAGAGGAUGGAGGCCAAGGGACACUACUGAGCAGAACAUAAAAUAUUAAAUCUGCAUCUUCCUGUUCAUUAAAAAAAUAUUGCAUAUUUAUGUAUAAAUUUCUUGCCAUCGAAUUUAACUCUUCAUUUCGUUGACUUUUCUGUUUUCGCUACCCUCAAAAGUGGUGCCGUUACUUUCUUCAAAAAUUACCUCCGUAGUUCCUCGAGGCUCCUCUUGAUCGCUUGUGAAAAGUAGUAAAGAAAAUAACCACAAACGACACAGACGAAUCCCCCGACAUUUUUUUGAUGACUACAUUUUUUAACUCCCGUCGAAAUGCUCCUCUUAACGCAUUAAUUUUUUUGAUUACCCUAUCGUGAUCUGCUUCUAUUUCUUAGUUUCUUGUUCGAGUAUUGCAGACCUCUCACUUUCCGCAAGCACGGCACUGAGCUAUAUAUUUCAAUACAUUCGGUGAUAAAGUCAUUAGACAAAAUCUGUUGCUUUUUUGUUGUGGCCAUCCUGCGGUAGAUACCUACGAAUGUAAUUGCAAUAAGUAUACCUACCCACUUUCCUUUUUCCAAGUUUUCCGUCGCCCCAGCAAUAGUACUAAACUUAUGCCGGUAUGUUUUCUACCCUUCUCUUAACCGCAGUCCAGUUCUUCCUCCUUCUCUGUUUCUGUGCGGUGCGGCGCACGAACUGACACUUUGCACACUUUUGGAGUGCCCCUUUUAAUUUCGGUCUAAUGAGCGUACGCAUAAAUGACAGUACUCAGAACCUACUAACAUCGAGAACGCGGACUAGUAUUAGGGGUUGUAAUUGACAGCGCUACAUUGAACCAAGUUAGAGGCUCUAUUGGCGCCACUGACCGAAUUAUAAUCUCUUUAAUUUAUUAGGCGUAGUUCAGCCUAGAUCUAUUUCUUGCAGAACCCACAUAUAAGGUACUAUUUGACCUUACUGUCGCGACCUUAAAACCAGUCUAACUUUCUUCGGAACACUUCAAGGCAUAUUCACGAAGUGAUAAAAUGAAAAUAUGAGCCAAUUAUGAGAGCAGGAAUUAUUAAUUCUUUUAGUUAAGUUAAGCUUGCAUAAUUAGCAAACAAAUAAUUAACGGCCGAACGCGCGGCUUAAACCCUAACUUUAAUUUAUUAAGUCCACCACUGACCAACGCUCUCAUCUGUUGCAUUUAUUCAUAUUAGACCGCACACAGAUUCAUAUAGCAAAUAUUAUAUCUCUAAUUCAAUUAAUUAAUGUUAAUUGGAAAGAACCCAUAUUGAGCUACAGUACUCCAAUAGUGGUUCGCACUUUAUGUACCUUUUGAGUAACACCUCGCUCAUUAUACGACCUAAUUGCACAUUUCUUUUACUAAUUAAGUUGCACAAGCACAUUUCUACACCUUUCCACUGUCAACGGAUACCUUUUACUAUCUCUGUUUUGUUAAAAAACUCUGGUUUAUUCGGAAAAGGACACGAUACGCAAAUUAGUAAUACCGAGGUUCUAAAUGAAAUCGGCGUCAAAAAAAUCGUCAAUUUUAAAAUUCCAGGUGCAGUUAAAAGAUUCUUACUGUUUAAUUAUUAAUUAUCAAGUAUCUAUAAAGUGCAGUACAUACACUGUUAACUAAAUUUAACCUUUAAGUUACUCUGUCAAAUUCAAAUUCUACCCUACUGUAUAAAGUAACAAGAAAUUUUGAAACGGUAGGCCAUUACACUGCAUGCACUUGAAGUAAUACCACACGUUCUUAUGAUCUGAUAGCAUAUUGGCCACAUCAGGCGUUGCCGAGUCGUACGGCCUAAUCAACCAGACAGAGUGUCAGAUGGGCAGUCAUCAGUUUACUGAAGGUUCUUUUUUAAACGACAGGUCCUUCCAGAAUUGUGUAAUAGGUAUUUUCUGGAUGUACAGGAAAAUUAAGUGUCAUCUCCCACUCACCCCAACAUUUUCUUUUAAAGUUCAAGAUGAAACGUGAAAGCAUAUCAUAGUAGAAAACUGUCUGGAAUGUCGGUGUGUGUAGGUGACCGUCUGGGAACAUUUUCAGUAAUCCGUUUUAAUAUUUAUUUAUACGUGCCUUAGUUACGCAUAAGCCGAAGACGUUUUUGGUACGAAACAGAAAGGAAAAAAAUCCAAACAGCAAGAGACAGUCAAACUACGAAACAGAAUCUUAUCGAAUGUCUCAUCGCAUUUAGUGUCGUGUCUUAUACGUUGUAGUUAGUCAAAGUGGUGGUGAGGUGUCGUGUAAUAUGUCUGUCUGUCUAUAUCCGUGUACACUUUGCAAAAAACGAUGAAUAUUGCAUAUCAUUGAUUACCCCCACCUAAGACGCUAUCAUUGGAUAUAACGCCGAUGGCAAUUGUAAAGGUUCUGUCUUCCGUAGCGUAGCAGACCCUUAAAGUACUUAAAUAUUGAAAAAAAGAAUGUCACUAUUUAUAUAUAUUUUUAUGAAGUGAUCGCAUUUUUUAUACAAACUAGUGGCAUUUUCUAGCUCGUCGUUCUAAAUAAUCAUGGCCUAACACUGAAACGCGACAAUCCUCUAUUUAAUAUAACUCUGUGAAAGACAUUUAAAUUGUAAAUGUUGAAAUGUCUUUGUAUAUUAGUGUUACAUAUCCUUUUAGUACCCUAGCCAGACAAUCUAUAAGUAUUCGUGUGAUGUAGCUUAAAACUUUCUUGGGAGCAGACUAUUAGAAAACUGCGUCAAAUGUAGACUCUUCCUCUUCUCUAUAACACACACGUAGAGACUAAACUGUUAAAAUAUUCUUAAUAAUAAAAUAUGUUAAACUGUUUCCACGAUUAACACUAGAUAUAUUAUACACCGUUGGGACGUUGAAAAUAUAAAUACUAUCUUAAACAAAUAAUAAUUAAUAAAUGUUAUUGAUAAAAUUGUUUUACGCGACCAUGUAGACUUGAGCGUUUUACAUCACAUUGCAAAUACGGUCUGUUCCCAAAUUGAAUGUAGGUAUGCAGUACCGGCAUAUCCUUUCACUUCUUUCCUGAAAUUCCGGAAAAGUGUUGUACGCUUCUACUUCCAUAGCAUUAAAGAAUAAAAGAUAAUAGCAAAGUACGGGAUACUAUUAUUUUUGUAUAUUUAAAUAUGGGAUCCUACACUCCCUAGAGCGCUUGACUUAGAAAGUUUAUUUAUUAACACAAAUACUUUAUUUUUCAUUAUAUCUGUUGAUGUGUCACUUCUAAGGAGGAAGUUUCCCAAAGUAUAUAUGACACCACGUGUCCCGGUCGUUAAAAGUAGCUGCACAUUAUGUUGUAGUCGCGUAGAGAGUUGUUAAACAUUUUUUAUGGUUCCCAGCUUUCGUUUUCAAUGUUUAAACGAUAUUUAUCAUUCAACCAUAUCAAUACAGAGAGCAUUUUUAAAAUUUACACCAAUAUCUAUAGUGAGAAUUUGUUUCAUAUACGAAUCCUUCUACUCAUUCAAAGCGUAACAGAGUGUAACAAAUCCGAAUUAUUUUUGUUAACAACCUGUUAUAAAUGUGAUGUAAAUUAGUGUACAUGUAAAUGAAUGUAACAUGUAAAAGAAUAAAGAUAUUGAAAAUGGA